CCAGUUUUUAUCAAAAAGACAUGCGUGCAUUCGCGAGCCUGCUACUUGUGGUGGCUUUCCACGGCCUAGGUAUUGUUGCUGAUGCUGAGACCCCUGAGAUACCUACUCCGAAGCCGCUACAGGAGGCGCUCCAAAAUGUCGAAUUUCCGGCGCUGAACGGCAGCUCGAUAGAAGAUGACCAAAGUCUUUUCGGGUUCAACCUCUUCUCGAGGCAAACGGCUGGCGAAUGCGCUUCUGCGAAUGGCCAGCGCUUCAGUUGCACCCCGAACAAAUGCUGCAAUGGAGAGGUGACUCCGGGAUGCUGCUACGAAGGUCAAAACUGCAUGACUCUGAACGGCAACCAUGCUUGCUGCCCUUCAGACUACCAGACAUGCGGCAUGACUAUGUGCACAUGGCCGAAUUCUACCUGCUGUGUCAGUACGCCCGGAAUGGCCUGCGGAGCCAACCAGAUAUGCUGCGGAAGUGGAUGCUGCGAUGCUGGUCGGGUCUGCUGCGGUGAUGAGGGUUGUUGUGAGUCUGGCUAUUCAUGCUGCAAAGGCUCGGGCUCAACAAAGUGCUGUGAUAAUUCAUUUUACCAGUGCUGUGGAGGCGUCUGCUGCCCGCUCGACCAGGAUUGUUGUGGAGAUGUUUGCUGCGACGUGGGAUAUACGUGUAGGUCGAGGGGGGAAUGCGUGCUAGCAACCACUGCUGUGAGAACUGCUGUGAGGACCUUCACGACUACUACGACCGAGGCUGCUGCACAGUCAACGGACGCUGCGGUUGGAACGGCCAAGCUUCGUGACUGGGGACUUACGGGGCUAGUGCUAGCAGCUGGGCUCCUAUGAUCCUUUUGAUGGAGGGGGCUUCCAAGAUAUGAGUUUGUUAUGAACGCGUAUGGUGCUCUUCGUGUACAAAAGGUUGGUAGGAAUCAGUAUUGGCGCGACUCUUGGGACCUGGACUGCAGGAUUAUGGCGAAGUAUUACACGUAGGACGGAUAAGGAUGGAUAAGGAGUCGGAAGAUCACGACGAAGGAUGGGGGAAGGCCUCAGGAUUCAGUUGGCGAUUGGAGAAUUGUUAGCACACAGAUGACACCCGAUUGGGCUAGUCGGAUCAAAG